CUGUUCAUCGUUUUGUAAGUACGCAAACCCUCCUCUGUUUUUUCCAAUGAACUUCUUCCUCUGAGAAUUUGGGAAUCCGAUGAUUUUCUUUUCCUAGGCAGCGUUCUUGUAAUCUAGUUUUCAUUCUUUGUUUGAUUUCGGGUGGGGAUUUGUUGUUUAGGACACACGUUUCAAACGGAGUAUUUGUUUUGAUAUUCUUCCUCUGUUUCUUGUUGGUUUUUCAUCGGAUUCCUCUGUUUUUUUUUUGUUGUUCAUACGAUUUUGAAAUUUUCCACACACUCACGUAGUUUCAUUCUUUUUGGUUCAUACCCAUUUGAGAAAAAGGUUAUAUAUUUUUGGAUUAUAAAGAGUAGAAGAGAAAAAUAGGGUGGUGGGGGUUUGUUGAUUCUUUUAGAAAAACGAAGAAAAAAAGUUGGAAGAAGAUAGAGGAUGUUGGCUGGGUGUUCUAGUUCAACAUUGCUGUCGCCAAGGAAUCGAUUGAGAAGUGAAGCACAGCCGCAGUUCCAAGCCUGCCAUUUGCAGCUACCCUCUUCAAUGAGCACACAGAGGUUGGAUUUGCCCUGCAGCUUUUCCCGCUCGAAAGACGCCUCUGCUGCUGCCCGCUCCCCUUCGAUCCGCCCGGUCGCGCUCUCCGUCGAGAAGCAGAGCAUCAGGCUCCCGCCCUUGGCCGCCACUGGCCAGCCGAUCAAACAAGAGUUUUGGAAGAGGAAAGGUAAGAACUUGAAGAGAAUUGCAGAGCAGGUUGGGAUUGAUGAUGAUGAUGAGUCUUCCAUUAGCAGCGCCAAGAGGAAGAGGGAGAGCAGAGAAGACGGCAGGGAAGGGCUGAUUCUGAGCCAAUUCGGAGGCGGUGCCGGGAGUUUCUGGUUUCACCAACCGGACGGGGACGAGGAAACACUCUGCUUUCUUCCUGGAAGUGAAGUCAUUUCUUCGCCCCCGUCGUUUUUGGCAGAGUUCGCCGAUUUGGGAAGACGAAACGACGGAGAAACCAGCCACGUGAAAGCUGACAACGACUCCGGCUCCGGCUCGGGUUCUAGUUCUUCAUCAGAAAGUGAAAGAUUUGCAUUGAGGACAAGAAUAACAACAGAGAAUGUUUCAGCAGCAGCACCAGAAAUUGGCAAUGGCAGCUCAAGAAAUCCUUCUUAUCAUCACCAUCAGGGCUCCAAUUUGGAUCAUCAGAGGCAAGAAGAAGAAGGAUUUGAGCUCAUCAGUCUUCUAAUGUCCUGUGUGGAAGCAAUUGGAUCAAAGAACAUUGGAUUGAUCAACCAUUUGAUUGAUAAACUUGGGAGUCUUGCAUCUCCAAGAGGGCCAUCUCCCAUCACCCGUUUGAUUGCUUAUUACACUGAGGCUCUGGCUCUUCGGGUCACCAGAGUUUGGCCUCAGGUGUUCCACAUCACGACGCCCCGGGAUUUCGAUCGGAUCGACGACGAUUGCGGGACAGCGUUACGGCUUCUGAACGAGGUGAGCCCGAUCCCGAAAUUCAUCCACUUCACGGCGAACGAGAUGUUGUUGAGAGCAUUUGAAGGGAAAGACAGAGUCCACAUCAUAGACUUCGACAUCAAGCAAGGGCUGCAAUGGCCCAGCUUGAGGGAGAUAAGGAACAUGAUAGGAUGUGAAGGAAGGGAGAGGUAUGAAAGACAUGUUGGAUUUGAGAAAUGGAAGAAGGUGAUGGAGGAGGAAGGAGGAAUGCAGUGCGUCGGGAUUCGCGUCGACCGGGAACUUCUUCAGAGCCAGUUCCUGCUGAAGAUGUACUCUUCUUCUUCAGGAUUCAAUGUGGAAAAGAUUGGAGAAGAAGGAGGAGCAGAAGGAAUUAGGCUAAGUUGGGAAGAACAGCCAAUUUACACACUAUCAGCAUGGGCACCAGCAGAAGCAAGUUUAUCUUCAUUUAGCCAUCCAAAAUGAACAUGAUCAUCAAAUUUUUUUUCUUCUUUUGAUUGAAUUUCAUUGUAAUUUGUUAUACAGAGGAGAGAGAGAGGGGAAUUCUUUGUAGGGUAGAGAGAGAAAACACAAAGAUUAUUCUUUCAUUCUUUUGGUUUGAGUUGUCACAAUAGGGGCAGUGUUGAGUCCAUAUUAUUUAUUAUAUGUUGUAAUUCUUUAAUUCUUUUAUGUAAGUGUUGAUUAUUAGUUCUUUCCAUUGUGAUGUAAUCUUUUUUGUUUGAAGGUUUUCCACUUCUUUUUAUAUAAUAAAGUUCAGA